AGUGAAGCAUUGGAGUAGCGCACUGCCGUCAGCAACAUAACAAAUCAGUUGAUCGCAUGAUCGCUCCAUAAUAAUCAUUACAGCAUAGAAUAUUAAUUCGCUACAUAUAGAGCCGUACAGGAAGUGAGCCUUAUCCUCAGAAAACCUGUGUUAGCCUUAACUUGUCACUGUAGAGAAUAUAGUUAUCAGCAAGGUUUGCUCAACUGUAUCAACUACAACACAAGCAAUGGCUGCAGCUUACAAGAACAGUCCCAAGUGGGUAAAGCGAAUGGAAGAAUUAUUUGGGCAGUCAGACUUCAACAAAGACGGCUACUUGUCUAUCCAGGAUUUCGAUAUGUGGAGUGACAAUCUUGAAAAAGAAGUGAAAGCUGAACCAGCCCUUCUGAAGAAAGUACGAAAAACGACUCAAGAUUUUUGGGAAACAGUAGGCCUAAAGCAAGGUGUGCUGCUUUCUAGAGAGAAGUUUGUCGAGAAUAUGGCAGAAGUAGCAGUCACUGAAAAAGCUAGCUUUGAUGAAGGGAAGGAGUCUUCUCUUUUUUUCAUUAUGAUGGAGACUGUGUUUGAUGCAAUCGACACUAAUCGUGACGGCUACCUACAAAUGAGCGAGUACGCGGCAAUGAAUAAGGCAAGCAACUUCGAUGAUGGCACUGCUAAGAUCCUGUUCGAUAUCAUCGACAAGAACCAUGAUGGAAAGCUUUCUAGGAAAGAGUUAAUGGAAUACAACAUCAAGUUCUGGUUCACUCCUGAUGAUCCUGAAGCCGCUGGCUUGUUCGGGGCCAAGUUUGAACAAAACUAACGAGCUACGGUCAAGAAAUACAGUACAUGUAUUUUUUUAGAACCAAGCAGUCAUAUAUCAUGUCUAUUGGUCAGUGUAGGAGAACUUAUCUUAGAAAAUUAUGUAGUGCAAGUACAAAUAAAUGUAUCGCAAUAUUACAUGUACGCUUCAUAAAUUCUAUUACCGUA